AUGGUAAAACUGAGAGAAAUCCCGCGCACAGCAGCAUUUGCGUGGAGUCCAUGUGAUGAAGGAACAUGGCUAGCAACAGGGACGAUUCCAGGCGUAAUUGACUCUGGAUUUUCAAAUAGAAUGGAUUUGGAGCUUUGGGAGGUUGAUUUAAUGGAUUGGUCACCAGAAUCAUUUGAAUUGGCACAGCCAAAUAAUGUAAUUUCAUGCACAACGAGAUUCAAUGAUAUUGCAUGGGGAUGUGGAUUUGAAGGACGUAAAAAAGGGAUCAUUGCAGGUGCAAUGGAAAAUGGGGCAUUAAAUUUGUGGGAUGCAGAUUUAAUAUAUUCUGGUGCAAGUGAAAGUGAAUGCUUGAUUGCACAAAAUACAACACAUAGUGGUGUUAUUAAAAGUUUAGAUUUUAAUACGACGCAGACGAAGUUAUUAGCAUCAGCAGGUGAAAAUGGAGAGAUUUGGAUUUGGGAUAUGGAAUGUCCCAUGAAACCGUAUUCUUCAGGACAAAAAUCGAAUCAAUUAGGUGAAAUUCAAUCUAUAGCAUUUAAUAAAGACCCAAAAGUCCCAUAUAUCUUGGCUACAGCAGGAAACACUGGGAUUACGUCAGUUUGGGACCUUCGUGCAAAAAAAGCAGUUGUAAAUCUUCAAUUUCCUGGAGUAGGUGGAGGGAAAAAGGGCAUGAGUUCAGUGAUAUGGCACUCAGAAUUUGCAACAAAGAUUGUUACCGCAUCAGAGGACGAUACAACGCCUGUCGUAUUGAUGUGGGAUUUAAGAAAUUCACAUGCACCAGAAAAGGUACUGUCUGGUCAUGAAGCAGGUAUAUUGUCAGUAUCGUGGUGUAAACAUGAUUCAGGACUUCUUUUGUCAUGCGGAAAAGAUAAUAGAACAUUAUGUUGGGAUCCUUUUUCUGGAGAAUUGAUUGGUGAAUUUCCGAGAUCCAAUAAUUGGGUAUUCAAAGUAUCAUGGUCUCUAAAAAAUCCAGAUGUAAUUGCAAACGCUUCUUAUGAUGGAAAAAUAGUCAUUCAAACAAUCCAAACAACUCAAACUCUUGAAAACAAGGUUGAUACUACAUCGAACAUUUGUAACGCAGAUUUCUUUGAUAAUAUUCCGUCAUAUACGGAAUCAAGUGAAUCCUUAUUACUAUUAAAAAACCCUCCUAAAUGGCAUAUUAAGAAAUGUGGCGCAAGUUUUGGAUUUGGUGGAAAAUUAGUAACUUUUGGAACUAAUGAAAUUCCUGGAUCAAAUACUAUCAAAAUUUUAAAUGUUACAGAAGAAUCAAGUAUUAUUGAUAAUGCAAAUAAUUUUGAAGAAAUUUUAAAAAAUAAUGAAAUCAAAACGUAUUGUCAGAAAAAAGUUCAAGAAGUAGAUGAUCUUUUGCAAAAACAGAUUUGGGAAAUUCUUUUUAUUCUUUUACAUGAAGACUUUAGGGAUAGAUUUGCAACUUUUCUUGGUUUUAAAAAAGAUAAUAUUGAAAAUGAUUUAUUAGAAAAAAUUAAAAAUAUUUCUUUAAACAAGGAGUCUCAAGAGAUUCAGGAUGAUCAAGAAGCAACUAAAUCAACCGAAGAAGAUCUAGGUGAUUUAUUUAAAAAGCAUAAAACAAAUAAUGAUUUUUUGAAUCUUAAAUUAUCUAAUCCCGAAAAUAUAUUUUCCCAUUUAUCUUUGUCAAAUGAACAGUUUUCAAUAUUUAAUGAUGAUGAUUCAGAAUUAAAUAAAAUUAUUACUAAAUCAAUUUUUUUAGGACAAUUUGAUAGAGCAGUUGAUUUAUGUUUACAAGAAAAUCGACUUUCAGACGCUUUAAUGUUUUCUUUUUGUGGGGGGAAAGAAUGUCAGAAACGUGCACAAAAGGCAUAUGUUAGGAAAUAUAAUAAUGUGUCUUAUAUUAGAUUAUUGUCAUCUAUAAUUGAAGGUGAUUUGCAGGACGUAGCAUUAAAUACAGAUUUAAAAGAUUGGAAAGAAGCUCUUGUUAUUAUAUGUACAUUUUCAAAAUCUGAAAAAUUUUCAGAAUUAUGUGAUACAUUAGGUGAUCGAAUAAAUACUGAAUUUCGUUCUAAAAGUGCAGAUUUUCAGAUAAGAAAUCAAGCAGUUUUAUGCUAUCUUAUGGGUACAAAAUUAGACAAAUUAAUUAACAUUUGGGUUGAAGAAUUUCAAGAAAAAGAAGUAUCUAUAUUUAAACAUAUUGAAACAACUGAUAAUUCAAAUACUUCACCUUAUUCUAUGUACGCAAAACUUCUUCAAGAUUUUAUUGAAAAAAUAACUAUUUUAAAAAAAAUUAUAAAUUCGAAUGAUAUAGAAAAAUCAAUCAAUCCAGGUACUUUAUCUUUGUUAUUUAAAAAAUACAAUGAUUAUGCAAACAUAAUGGCAUCUCAAGGGAAUUUUGUUCUGGCUCAAAAAUAUCUUAGCUUAUUGCCAGAUAAUUACAAUGAUUCUAUGAUGGCAAAAGAACGUAUUGCUAAAUCCUUAAAUCUUUGUCCAAACACAAUACUUAAAAAUUCGAACAAUCUUCAACAGCUUCCUUAUACUCCACUGUUAUCAGAGUCAACAUCAAAUUCAUAUUCAACUAAUUUAUAUACUCCUCAGGGUUAUAGACCAUACACUCAAGGCUCAAACACAAUUAAUCAACAAGUUAACCCAUAUUUAACAAAUAGUAUUCAACCACCAGAGCAAAAACCUUCAUAUGCAACUGCUUCAAUACAGCCUACAUAUACCACUAUUUCAUCACAACAAAAAAGUUCUCCAGCAUGGAAUGAUGCUCCUAUUCUCCAACCACUUAAAAAACCUAUUCGACCUUUAAGCCAUAUAUCUUCACCAUUUGGACAAAACAUUGUCCAAAGUGAUCAAAACAACUUUAUAAAUAAAAAAAUUGAUCAAUAUUCUUUAAAAACACAGAAACAAGCUUAUAUUCCACCACCUCCAAUGGUUGGACAGAAGUAUCAAGGAUAUUCUCAAACUAUGCAAACUAACACCCAAGGGCCAUACAGUUUACCUUGUAAUGUUCAAUCAAAUAAUUCGUAUACGAAAAAUAGUCCAAAUGUUCCUGAAAUAAACACAGCAGGGCUAAAUAUCUAUGGAGCAAAUAUACCUUAUAAUUCAACAUAUAAUGUUCAGCCUUAUGUAAAUCCUAACUAUUCAAAGUCAUCACCAAAACCAAUGGUUUCUCCAUCAAAUACUGAACAAUCCGAGUCUCUUACGAAAUCUAACCAAUCAUUUGGAUCAUAUACCAGUCAGACAAAAGAAUUAUACUCUCGACAGGAAUCAGAUGCAAAUUCACCUCAAGAGCAAAAUAUUUAUCCUGCCCAACAAUCAUAUCAAACGCUUUUGAAAACCGAGCAUCAAAGGCCUCCACAAAAUAAUACUCCUGCAUUAGGAUUUGUUUCAAAAUCCACAACAUUACAAAAUUCAAAAUAUCCACCAGGUGAUCGAUCACAUAUACCAUUAUCUUUAAAACCAAUUUUUGAAGGUCUUUCAUCUGAAAUGGAAAAAGUUAAAAAAUAUGCUCCGUCAGGAUUUACUCGGCAAAUACAAGACACAGAACGACGAUUGAACAUUCUUUUUGAUCAUCUUAACAAUGGUACUGAUUUAUCCAAUGAUUUAUUAGAUGAAAUGAGAAUUCUUGUAGACGCCAUGUUGGCUAAAGAUUAUCAAGUUGCUUUGAAUGUACACAUUAAUCUUGUUACGACAAAAACAGAGGAAUGCGGUCAUUGGAUGGUAGGCGUUAAGCGACUACUUGAGAUGUCAAGAUCCUUGCCUGCGUAA